AUGGAUGAAUCCAUGGAAAAAGAACAGCCGGACGACUUUGAUAGGCUGGUGGAACUAUUACCCGAUUGUGAUCCUAAGAAAGCAAUAAUGUUAUUUGAUGAAGACAAUGAAUGGGGUAAAGAAAUAAUCCUGGGCAGACUUCCAAGAAGCGGCUCUAAAGUCUACGUAAUAAAAGAUGAGAGAGGAAGGUUCUUUGCCGACCCUAAGAUUCCUACGACUUUAAAACAAGCCAUUGGGAAACCUAAUUUAGCAAUACAGGAGCAAAUGUCCGAGGAGCAAAUAAACAUCGAAAGGCGAAACGAGGAAAUUUCUACCCUUGAAGAGGAAAAGCUUGCGGAUAUAACCUACAUUCGAAGGGAAAAAGACGCGGAAAUAGAAAGGCUCGUGAACAGAAUCAAGGACGUGACAUAUGACCGCGGGGGAGAAAUGCAAGAACUAACCGACGAACUACAAACUGCGAAGAAGGAAAAGGACACAAUAAAUAAAAGAUAUGAGGCAGUCGAAAAAGAGCUUAACGACGUCAAAGCAAAACAGGCUGAAACAAUGCAGUCCUUUAAGGAUGCCGUGGAAGUAGCAAAGGGGUUGGAUGAAAGGCUUGUAAAUUCAGUCAAUGCCUUUGCGGAAGCCGAACAGGAAGGCAUACAACUGCGAAAUCAAAUUGCCUUCAAAGACGAGCAAAUUCGGCAAUUAAGUGGUGCCGUCGAAGACUUAGAACAUCACGCCAACGUGCAGCGGGAAAUAAUAGCUGACCAAACACGCCCCGAAGAAGAGCGGGCAGCUGCAGAGAGGGAAUUGGAAACUACGCUGGAAAAACUCGAAGAGGUAAAAACGGAACUUGCCACCGCAGAGCGGGAACGGGGGCUUACCACCAAGGAAAAGAUAAAAAGACUCCUGGUGAAGUAUGGUAUUCCUCUUGCAUUCGCGGUCGCUAUUAGCACCGUAGUAGGAGUAAUCUUGUCCGCGCUUAAGGCUACGUGCGCAGGCGUAAAGAAAUUAGGCAAUGGGCUGACGAACUUAGGGAAAAAGAUGGCAGCCGGCUUGCCUGGGCUGCUUG